ACUAUUAGUUAUAAUUUCUUGUUUUGAGUCUUAAUUAAAUAAAAUAAAGAUUGUUGGAACCAUUUUUAAAUUUUGGUGAGUUUUAAAUAUGGCUGUACUGUUGGAUAUAUCAAGCUUUCAGACAAAGUUAGAAGAAAUAAAGAAAUCAUCUAAUGGUAAUCAAAAAAUAUGCGUGGUUGGAAUCAUUGGGCGAUGUCAUCUGAAUGAUAAAGAUACUGGACUCAAUCAGCUUGUUGAUCAUAAUGUGUUCAAGACACAAAAAGAUUUUUCACAAAAGCAGGAUUCUUCUCAAAAUGAGGAUACAGCAAAGGUUCAAGUGCAGAUGUUCUAUGAUGAAGAUCAGAAAACUGUUUUUUUGCAGUUAAAUACUGUAUAUGAUUUUUCUCAGCUUCUAAAUGUUUGUCAUGCAGUCAGUCCAGAAAUAAGUCAGGAAGGUAGACAUCAUUACUGGCAAAAUCAAAUUUUGAAAGAUGCUGCUGCAAUAUUAUUUAUUUUUUCAGUCUCCCAUAUUGUAGUGAUUUUAUUUCCCACACCACGGUUUGAUUUAUUUUAUAUUCGAUUGUUCAAGAUGUUAGCUUCAGCCAGGUAUUCAAUGCUUCAUAGCUUGUCUCAGGCAUUAGCAGUUGUAGAAACAAUACCAGAGAUUUGGAGAAGUACCGGUAGACCUUGUAUACCAAGAAUUAUUUUCUCAUUUCAAAUACCUUGGAAAAAUGCAAAAGGAUUAAAUGAGGUAUCAAUCAGAAAAAUGCAACAUUCUCUUCAAGAGCAAGUUCACUUAAUUUUGAAAAAAAAUAGGUUGUUGGGAAAUUUAAGUUCAAGUUCAUUGUUCACUGUGUCAUCACCAAACCAGCUGUUUGUACAUGUUCAUCCGCAACAAAAAUGUCCUUCACCAUCUUAUUUUUAUCUUAAUGAAAUGUUAAAAAACUCCAUCAAUAUGGAAUCAAUACGUUCUGUUUACUUUGGAAAUAAGCAACAUAGCAGUAUAAUUUCACAACCAUCUCCUUUGAAACAUGAUAGUUCUGAUAAUAAAGAUAGUUUGAGUUUGCGAAAUUUUUUAUUUAAACAAAUUGAUUACAUGAUGACUGUUGAGAGCAGAGAAAUACCAGUUGAAGGGCGUCGCGGAACCCAUGUUGAGGCACCAAAUAUCUCUCUUUGGUAUGAAGUAUGCAGUGUUGUGUUUGAGUUUUUUUUAAAAAAAAAUGAUCACAACUCUCAUUUAAACACCCUAGCCCAAGCAUUGGAUUUAGAUUGGAAGUUUUCUGAAAAUCGUUGUUGCAAAGUAUUACCAUUAGCCACAAAUGCUUAUCUUGAUAAUUUGCCUUCUCAUUAUACACAAUCUGUGCAUCUGAACCAACUAAAUGCCUGUAUGCACGUUUUUGCAAUGAAUGCUCGCGGCCCAGCUUAUGAACGCUAUGCUACGCAACUUCAAGAAGAUUGUAAUCAAGUUUGGUGGAAUGGUAGACAUUUGUGUGAAGGCACAAGUAUGACAGGACAACCUUGCGUGUAUCCAUAUCAUACUUUACCCAAUUCCAAAAAUGAAAAUAGUGAAGAGAAGACUGGUGUACCUGUGAAAAGUCACUCUAGUAGAGUAACAAGUGUAUCUGCUUGCAAUUGUGGUCGCACUCAAGGAACAAGAGAAGAUCCUUUUGAUAUAAAGAGUGCAAACUUUACUUUCUACCAAGAUUUGGAGAAGAAAUGUUGUUCAUAUUUGAUUCAUUUGAACUUUCCUUAUUUUCCUAUUGAUGAAUAUACGUCAACAAAAAUUGUUUCGUCGCCUGCUGUUCUUGUAUCAAAUUCUUUAGAGACGCAAAAAAUUAAAAUUCUUGGAAGAAAUCAUUCUGUCGAUUGUAUUUCAUCUCAACCACCAAAUAUUCUUUCUGAAGUAAACACGACUCAAGAAACAUCUACUCAGCAUAGCACAUCAGUUGAACAAUUUUCUGAAAGAGAUAGAACGAUUUCAGGUUCUAAAGAUUUUGCCCAAUCUAAUCUUAGUUUUAGCGGUUUUAUGUCAACAGACCAUAAGGACAAUAGCUAUCAGACAGAAUAUGACGCCAGGACACAGUCAUUUUGCAGUCCACGUCAAUCAGCUACGACGUCUAAUUUGUUGACGACUCCUAUACACAUGCCUAACGUACCAUUUGAUGGAAUGUUAACAACUACUACGGCUCCCCAUCUUUUACCUGAGUUCCCAUCUUGGUCAUUAAUUGUACUAGGUUCAGCAAGUCUUUAUAAUCCAUUAAAAGGAGUGGAUCAAGUCGGAUUUUUUUCAGGUUCAAAUUACCUUUUACUUUGGGAUAUCCCUGUAAAACCAAAUGAUCUGACAGUUACUCAUGUUAACGAAGAGCCUGUUACAGAUGUUACGUCUCAGGAAGAACAAUGGCCUGCACCGGGUCAAUUGGUAAAAUCAACUCCCUCACUUACAAGUAACCAAACCACUGUUUCCCAAUCGUCCGGGGGUACACCAAUAUAUCAAACUGUUUCUCUGGUUCAGUCACAAGUUAAUGAGCUUUCUUCUGCCGAUAAACCUUUAAUAGGUAAAAUUAGGAAACCCAAUUCUAAAGAGACCGUUUCAUUAAAGGCAUAUAUUGGAAAUGAAUAUGAGUGUCCUAGAGGACAUAGAUUUUUUUGUUCUGCCCCUGAUAAAAUGGUUAAAGUAUCUAGUAAUGGUCACGUCCGUGAAAAUGCUAUUAAAUUAGUAACAGCUAACAUGCCGUUAUAUUUUCCGUGUCCUUGUCGAUCUUCAAAACCUUUACAUCUUGCUCAGAUAGCUCGAACAUACGUUGUUACUCCUGACGCUUCUAUCACCAUUACGCUUAAUCCUAGAGUGCAACCUGGAGAACGCGAUGUCACUCCUAUUUUUAAUACUGGUAUACGCGAAGGUAUCACUCUUCCACCAAACAGCUAUUGCGUUCUUCGUUUUCCGUAUGUAUAUAUUGAUGAAAAUGGUCCCAUUCUUCCACCCGCACCUACUCAACCAUUAUUAACUUGCCGUCUUUUGCGUGGUAUGUUUAAUUAUUCGAUUGGUAAUUGCAGUGAGGACCUUUUGAACAACUAAUAAACGUUUUUUUU